CUCCACUUACCAAAUAUCACCAGUAUCACAAUCAAUCAACAUGAAAAGCCUCAGACCCCUCAGUCGAGUUCUCCAAACAAACCCCCUCACAACAAUCCACCCCGUAAACAUCCACACCAAGCAGCCAACCCCCACCUCUAUCCCCCUCCAAUCCCAAAAACUCUCAAAAACAGAAGAAAUCCUCCUAGAGCGAUGCAUCCUAAACCCGCAACGCGCCGAAACCUGCCAGUCAGGCACAGAUGACGAAGUAGGUUCCCACAAAUCCCCCUACGACCGGAGCAACACAACACCGGAAAAAGAACACCUAGCCCUCGAAGAGGAAUACAGACUUGAGGGUGAUUCGCUGCAUGACCCUUUGUCUGUUAGUCCUGCUAAUCGGGAGGUUAGUAUGAUUCUUGAUCCUAUGGUUGGUGUUGGUGUUGUACAGGGGGUGCCGCAUUUGAGGAGUGUUCAGGGGUGGACGAGGAAGGGGAAGGAGGUUUUGAUUAAGAGGAGUCCUUUUGAGGUUAGGAGGUAUGAAGAUGUUUUCUUUGGGAGGAGGAAGGGAGUUGAGAAGAAGGGUUGAGUAUGGUUACCGGGGG